GAGCCUGACGCGGGGCUUGAACUCACGGACCGCGAGAUUGUGACCUGAGCUGAAGUCGGACGCUUAACCGACUGAGCCACCCAGGCGCCCCUCGUGGUCACCUCUCCUACUCUUUGGAACCUAUUUGUCUAGUCCUGGUCUCUUCAUACGUCGGCCUUUCCUCCAGAACGGAGCCCUUGUCUUUCGCCUCUGACUCGCUGUGAGUCUGCGUGCGUCGAAUGAGAACGCACUCAGGCCCCAGCCCCAUGGGGCGCAGUGUGCCGAAGGGUGGCCCCUGUCGUGCUGAGUAGUGUGCCCUAGAGCCUGUGGAUGUGACCUUAUCUGGAAAAUGGGUCUUCUGCUUUGCAGGUGCAGUGAGGAAAGGAUCUCGAGAUGAGAUCAUUCUGGAAUGUGUGAGUGGGCUCAAAUCCCAGGACAGGUGUCCUCCCACGAAUAGGAGAGGACCCAGACACGGGGCGGGUGUGGGAAGAUGGCACCCAGAGGGACGGAGUGACGGGGCCACCAGCCCAGCACCGCCUGGAGCCCUUAGGAGCUGGACGAGGCAGGAGGGAUCACGCCCUGGGGCCUUUGGAGGGAGGGCGGGCCUGCUGGGAGAGAAUAAGUUCCCAUUGUUUUGAGACCCCCAGCUGGUGAGUUUGUUAUGGCAGCUUCAGGAGGCUCCUUGUGUGGGGGAAGUCACGCCUUUUUCUCUCUUCCGGAAUCCUACUCUCACUCUCUGGUUCGGUGCUUCCCGUCCUGGGCGCCGGCAGCCAGGCAGGGUGCGGGGUGAAGCAGGUUUUGGGAUGACACAGCCAGGGUUGAACCCCGGGCCGGUCAGUUGCCAGCGGGCCCGUUCCACCUGCCUGAGCUCACUGCCCGCUCUGUGUCGAGCACUAUGGUGUCACCCCCUCGGGAUUCGCUGUGGGGGACCCAGUGAGACGCCCAGUGCCGGCUACAGGGCCCGGUUCCCAGCAUCGCUCACUCGGUGAGCGCCGGUCCAGCUGUGCGCUCCUGGGCCACAACCCCGGCUCCCUUUUCGCAUCCACGCCUGCCACUCAGCAGGUCAAACGCUCACUCAACGCCUCUACGCGGAGCCUGCAAAGACCAACAGUCUGCUGGUGACACGGUCAGGGGAUGGAGACCGUUGGAAACCACAUGGAGAAAAAGCCCUGGGCGCUGAUCUGGUGUCCGCCAGAUAAGGACUGAUCGGGGGCCAAGCACCUGCUGACUGCCUGGGCCUUUGCACGCACUGGAGUCCACAGCGGGCCCCACAGCCCACGGCGAGCUGCAAGUGGGGCCCAAAGAAAUGCCGCUGAACCAGCUGGAGCAAGCCUGAGCCCUGUCCCUGAUGGCUGACAACUAUCUGAUCUUGAAGUCUGGAUUUGGGGCCAUGGAGGAACCGACGGCCGGGAGCCCAGGCCUCUCGGAGAAGCCGGUCCCCGCGGCCGCCAGCCCCUCUCUGUCCUCGCUGGGCGCUGUCUUCAUCCUCCUGAAAUCCGCGCUGGGGGCCGGCCUGCUCAACUUCCCCUGGGCCUUCCACAAGGCGGGUGGGGUGACCCCCGCCUUCCUGGUGGAGCUGGUCUCCUUGGUCUUUCUCAUCAGCGGGCUGGUCAUCCUGGGCUAUGCUGCCUCUGUCAGCGGCCAGACGACCUACCAGGGUGUGGUUGGAGGGCUGUGUGGCCCGGCCUUGGGGAAGCUGUGUGAGGCCUGCUUCAUCGUGAACCUGCUUAUGAUCUCCGUGGCCUUCCUCAGGGUGAUUGGGGACCAGCUGGAGAAGCUGUGUGGCUUCCUGCUGCCCAGCGCCCCCCCGGCCCCGCAGCCGUGGUGCGUGGACCAGCGCCUCACCCUGCCCCUGCUCUCCGCGCUGGUCAUCCUGCCCCUGUCCGUCCCGCGCGAGAUCGGGUUCCAGAAGUACACCAGCGUCCUAGGCACCCUGGCCGCCUGCUACCUGGCCCUGGUCAUCGUAGUGCAGUACUAUACUGGGCCCCAAGGCCUUGCUCGUGAGCCCCGCCCCGCACAGAGGUGGCUGCUGUCCCUGGUGCCUGGGGGAGGAAAGAUCCUGACUCGGGAGGCGUUCGGGGGCCGGGAGGCGUACCGGGCAGAAAAGCAGCCCCCUUCUGUCACCGGGAGCGGUGGUUCUCGACUAGGAGCAGUUCUAGGGGGCCACUGGGCAACGUCCAGAGAUGUUUUUGGUUGUCACAACGUUCGAGGUGGCUCCCGGUGCCUCGGGCGCCCCCUGAGCCCCGCCCCUGCCUCGCAGUGUCACGAAGCCGGGGUGUCCAUUUACUGCAGCAUGACCCAUCGGAACCUCUCCCAUUGGGCCCUGGUCUCCGUGCUGUCCCUGCUGGCCUGCUGCCUCGUCUACUCGCUGACAGGGGUUUACGGCUUCCUGACCUUCGGGGCAGAAGUUUCUGAGGACAUCUUGAUGUCUUACCCGGGCGACGACGUGGUCAUCAUCGUGGCCCGGGCCCUCUUCGGAGUGUCCAUCGUGACCGUCUACCCCAUUGCGCUCUUCCUGGGGAGGUCGGUGAUGCAGGAUUUCUGGAGGAGGAGCUGGUGCCUGGCGUGUGGGCCCGGGGCCCUGGCGGAGCCCUCGGGGCCAUGGGUCCGGGUGCCACUGACCGUCCUGUGGGUCGCCGUGACGCUGGCCAUGGCCCUGCUCCUGCCCGACCUCAGCGAGAUCAUCGGCAUCAUCGGCGGGAUCAGCUCCUUCUUUAUCUUCAUUUUCCCGGGUCUGUGCCUCAUCUGUGCCGUUAACGUCCAGCCUGUAGCUGCACGCGUCAGGUGCUGUUUGGAGGCGUGGGGAGUGGUCUCCGUGCUCGUGGGCACCUUCAUCUUCGGGCAGAGCACGGUGGCAGCCGCCUUGGAACUCCUCUGAGCAGGAGGGGGUCGGCCCGGCCCCAUGGCUGCCCUGGUGCAGCUGCCUGCGUCCAGCUGUGCGACCCGUGUCCUUGCCUCAUAAAGAUGCUGGAGAAAUGGAUACCUUCUGCCUCCUGAGGCUGCUCAUUUGGGCUUCUGCUGGUUCAGAGGGUUUCGGGCGCAGUGCCGAGGAGGGCGGAUUCGGGUCCUCGGGCCGCCCUGACAAGGACCACAGCCUGGGGGCUUCGAAGGGCAGAAGGGUCCCCUCACCGUCUGGGGGCGGGAGCCUGAGAUGCAGGUGUGGGCAGGACCGCGCUGCCUAUCGGGGAGGAUCCCCUGCCCCUUCCAGCCUGCGGUGUGGCUGGCCAUCCGUGGCGGUUCUUGGCCUUCCCUUCCCGCGUGGUCAUCUGCCCUGUGUGUCCUUCCAAGUCUUUUUUUUAAAGUUAGAGACCGUGAGAUCCAGUGGGGGAGGGGUAGAGGGGAGGCGGCUAGAGGAUCCCUGUGCUAACAGGGGAGAGCUGGACGCGGGGCUCGAACUCACGAACCGCGAGAUCGUGACCUGGGCAGAAGUCGGACGCUUAACCGACAGAGCCACCCAGGAGCCCCGAGAUUUCCCUCCUCGUAUGAGACCCCAGUCAUUGGAUUAGAGCCACCUUCGUCCAGGAUGACCUCAUCUGAAUUUACUUCCUUAGGGUCUGCAAAGAUCCUGUUUCCAAACAAGGUCACAGUCACAGGCUCUAGGAGUGGGGACUUCAACCUAAUAUUUCUAAGAGACACACUUCAUAACAGAAGUAGGGGCUGAGGCCCAGGGAGCCCUGCUUUGGCCCACACUCCGAUGGGAGGGUCCUAGGGAUUGUCCCUUUCCCUCUGGCUGGACCCGAAGAGCCUGGAAACCCAGUGAGCUGUGUGCGGUUCCCUCCCCCCCCCCCCCCCCCAAUUCUGGGUGUCACACCUGCGGCUGAGGGCAAGGGGCCCAGAGGUCUGCCCCAGGGUCAGGGUCGGGGGAACGGGGGUGGAGGGAGAGGCAGCUUGUGGCCCAGGUGCUCCUGGGUCGCUGUGCUUGCCAGCACUGACCCUCUACUGGACCUGGGGUGUCCUGGAGGUCGCUGCGUUCGGGCCACUCUCCCUCUGCCUUGGGACGUCUCCCGGAAGCCGGCGGUUGGCUGUGGCCAGAUCCAGGAGGGGCCAACGUUUGAGGACCUCUCCCUCAGGCCUGUCCACCUGCAUGAUUUGCUUUCAGCUCUAACUUACCUGCUGUCAAGUUCACCCUUGAAAAGUAUACGAUUCAGUGGGUGUUAGCCGAGGCACAACGUUGUCCAGCCAUCACCAGCUGGACGUUUUUGUCACCCCAGGGAAACCCGCACUCAUUAGCAGUCACUCCCCAGCCCCGGGAACCGCGAAUCUGCUGUCUCUGCAGAUCUGUUCCUUCCGGACGUUCUGUACCAAUGGACUCGUUCGAUAGCGGCCUCCGUGUCUAGCUCCUUUGAGGUCGCGUAAUGUUUUCAAAUUCAUCCAUUUUACAGGGGGAGGCAGCUGAGACAUGGAAAAGUCCAGGUUGCUUGUCCUGUGAGCUACAGAGCUGGGGUCGGGACCAACCAGGGGGUGGGGGGGGGGUCACGUUCCACCGUCCACUUUCUUUCUAGUGCACACUCCUGAGUGGCCAAGGGGGUGUGACCCCAUCCACCCAGCCCUAGGACGAGGAUGCAGCUGCUGCCUCCUCCGCCCUGGUUGCAUGUGUAGACUCUGACCCAGUAAUUGGGGCACCAGCGUCUCCUACACGGGCCUUCCGACGAGCUACACACCCUGCCACACACCGUGGGUCCGGUGGCCACGGAACCAGGACAAGGUGCUGCGGCAGAAGUGCCCCACAGCCAGCGAUGUGAUCCUCAUAGGACUGUCACCUCAACCAUCAUCAUGCAAGGACACGGUGCCAUCAGAGAAAUGCCCGCUGGGCCAUCACCCUCUGAUGUCCCCCCCGAUGGAGGACCGCCCCCGCACGCCUCCGGCGGGAGGUUCGGGAUUUGAACUGGGCACAGCAAGAAUGUCGUCGGCCAUCGAACGCAGGUGGUGAAGGUCUCCAUUUGGGCAGGACCCCCUGCACACCCAGCUUCCCUGUACCUGGCACCAAGAUCCGGGAGAAGGCCUCAGGCUGACUCAGCGUGUCCACCUUGACGUGCCGGAAGGCCUUGCACACGGGGCUCUGCAGGUGCCUAACUCAUAGACCACGAAGGUGAGGCCAUCGGCCAGCCUCACUGCCGCGAUGCUGGGGAGAGAGAGGCUCCAGCUGGAGGGCUGCCCCCCAAAAGCCUGGCAGAGGUGGGAGGGGCCCCCAGCACUGGCCCUCUGGUGUGUUCAGUGAGGAUCCCCGCCACCUGAUGCCAGGCCUGGUCCCGGAAGGGGGCCAGGAAAUACUCACUGAACGAAUCGCAACGAAACGACACUUGAAAAGGCCUUACUGCCAUUUAAAAACCCCACCUUUCAAAAUAAAAACCUCUUCCUCCUCCUGC